UAAUGCAUUCAAGAAUACUUGGGUAAAUGUAAGAAAGUUUUGUAUUGAAACGUAUUCAGUAUUCAGAAAGUGACCAUUAGAUGUUAAAAGGGUUUUAAGAGCAUAGUGCAUUUCGACACACGUCUACAAGCAAACAUGCUUAAACCACAGGUGUGGCAAUCCACCUUACUGUUUACAUAUAGAGGAGGCAUUGAUCUACUGUGGGAAAGGAAUUAUUCUCAACAGAAGCAAGUGACUUAAAAAACAAGACUGGAAUAUGCUUGGAGGAGGACAGUUUGGACGAUUUGUUUUAAUCGGUGGCUUGACAUUUCUUCUGGAUCCCAGGCAGGAAUAAUUCAUCAGGAAUAAGGAAUUGUGCUGCCCCUUACAGCAGCGUUUCUGCUCUAGAAAACGCCCGGCUCCGUCGGAAAAGCAUCGCCACCGGGAAACAGCCAAGCAUGGAGAUCCCACCCACCGCCCCCCCUCAACCCUUCCGACAAUCCAGUUUCCUUGGCAGAAGACUGAAGGGGUCCAUCAAGCGGGCCAAGAGUCAGCCGAAACUGGACCGAACCAGCAGCUUCCGUCACAUGAUCCUCCCUCGAUUCCGCAGCGCCGACCAGGACCGGACUCGUCUGAUGCAGAGCUUCAAAGAGUCACACUCCCAUGAGUCUUUGCUGUCUCCCAGCAGUGCAGCUGAGGCCCUGGAUUUGACACUAGAUGAAGACACCGUCAUCAAACCAGUUCACUCCAGUAUACUGGGACAGGAGUACUGUUUCGAGGUGACAACUGCUUCAGGAACAAAGUGUUUUGCCUGUCGGUCGGCUGCGGAGCGAGACAAAUGGAUAGAGAAUUUACAGAGAGCUGUCAAACCCAACAAAGACAACAGUCGACGCGUCGACAACGUUCUGAAGCUGUGGAUCAUAGAGGCUAGGGAACUCCCACCCAAAAAGCGCUAUUAUUGUGAACUGUGUCUGGAUGACAUGCUGUACGCCCGCACCACCAGCAAACCCCGGACCGAUACUGUCUUCUGGGGCGAGCACUUUGAGUUCAACAACCUGCCAGCUGUCCGCAAUCUCCGCCUUCAUCUUUAUAAAGAGACAGACAAGAAAAGACGAAAGGAGAAAAGCACAUACUUAGGCUUGGUCAGCAUCCCCAUUUCCAGCAUCACCGGUCGCCAGUUUGUAGAGCAAUGGUACCCCGUCAUUCAGCCCAGUGCCCUGACCAAGGGUGGAGGUGUGGGAGGGGGCAAAAUCAUCAACGCCUCCCUGCGUCUCAAGUCACGCUUUCAGACGAUGAGCAUCUUACCGAUGGAGCUCUAUAAAGAGUUUGCAGAGUACGUCACCAACAACUACAGAACGUUAUGUGCCGUCCUGGAGCCGCUGUUGAGCGUGAAGAGCAAAGAGGAGGUGGCGUGUGCGCUGGUGCACAUCCUGCAGAGCACGGGGAAGGCAAAGGACUUUCUUUCAGACAUGGCAAUGUGCGAGGUGGACCGAUUCAUUGAUCGAGAGCACCUUAUCUUCAGAGAGAACACAUUGGCCACCAAAGCCAUAGAAGAGUACCUCAAACUCAUCGGACACAAGUACCUCAAAGAUGUUUUAGGUGAUUUUAUCAGAGCUUUGUAUGAGUCAGAGGAGAACUGUGAAGUCGACCCCAUGAGAACUCCACCAUCUAUACUGCCCGAACAUCAAGCCAACCUCCGGAUGUGCUGUGAACUUGCACUCUGCAAAAUCGUCAACUCUCAUUGUGCUUUUCCCAGAGAACUGAAGGAGGUCUUCGCCUCCUGGCGCGUCCGAUGCGCAGAGAGGGGGAGAGAAGACAUCGCUGAUCGUCUGAUCAGCGGUUCGCUUUUCCUGCGCUUCCUGUGUCCGGCCGUCAUGUCUCCAUCCUUAUUCAACCUGACGCAGGAAUAUCCCGACGAGCAGACGUCACGCACGCUAACCCUCAUAGCCAAAGUCGUGCAGAACCUAGCAAACUUCUCAAAGUUUGGCAAUAAGGAGGAGUACAUGUGCUUUAUGAAUGAGUUUUUAGAGAUGGAGUGGGGAUCCAUGCAGCAGUUCCUGUACGAGAUCUCCAAUCUAGAUAGCGUGAGUAACGCUGGCGGUUUCGAGGGCUAUAUCGACUUGGGACGCGAGCUGUCAAUCUUGCACAGUCUUCUAUGGGAAGUUAUGGCACAGCUAAGUAAGGAUGCUAUCAUUAAACUUGGUCCAUUGCCCCGCCUACUGAAUGACAUCAGCAUGGCUCUUCGUAACCCUCAUCUCCAGAGGCAGCCCAGCCAUCAGACAGACAGACAGCCUCCAGAGAGACAGACAGAAAGAUUGCUCUCCAGACCCAGCUUUAACAGGGGCGUCUCAUCCGAGUUCCAGAACCUUUUGAUGAGAGACCUCAACAGUUCAAUAGAGAUCACUCGCCUGCCCUCUCCAACCUCUGCCAUGUCCAGCGGCGGAGCUCCCCCACCUCGGGCUGGAAUGGGGGGGUUCGCGGAUCGAGAUCAUCCUCACCGAGCCUCAUCUAAAGAUGUUUUCUAUGUCGCCCGUCCCCCGUUGGCCCGGUCUAGUCCCGCGUACUGUACUAGCAGUUCUGAUAUUACCGAUCCAGACCCAAAGGACUCCAGAAUGAACAGCGUCUCUAACCUGAAGUCUAUGGGGGACAUGCUCAACUCUUCCCAGGCCUCGAUUGCCGGCCUCGCCAGCUACGGUGGGCUCGCGGGCUUGGGAGGGGGCCUCGGAGGUCAGCUGCGCGCCGGAGGGCGGAUGUCGGCCGGGUCCGGGGGCUCCAGCAUGUCCGGGGGUCUGAGAUUGAGCCAGCUGAGCCAGAUGGGAACCACCAGUGAAUCGUUGCAGCAGCAGGCCGCCGCUCUUCGCUACCCCCUCUCCUUCCAGAACCCCCUGUUUCACCUCGCCGCCGACGGGCCGCAGCUUCAUCACCAGCACAGUCGAGCUCAACCGCCUCCACCUCUACUUCUGGCCCCCGAACCAGACUCCUCUCACCCCGCUUACUUGCCGCAGUUCGCUCACGGCGGCUUCUCCCGGAGCGAAGACCUUUCCACCCUCAGACCCGGACCUCACCUGGGUCAGCCGAGCAUCAUUCACUCGCACAGCUACAGCGACGACUACACUCGCCAAAACCAGAGCGACUACGGGCGACGGCAACUCUCCAUGCACAACCAGGAUCAGCAGCAGAUGGCAGGCAUGACGUCACAAACCGGCACGUCUCAUUCGUCUCUCGCCACGCCUCCUACCACCGUUCAGCCUGUCCGUCAGAGCUCCAUGGCUCCUCCAACACAACGAAUGAAAUCGCAACCCUCGCAUCAGCUUUCCGUGAGUUCUGCCGCCGUCCCCGCGGCCAAGUCAAGGCCACAGAGCGGGAACCUGCUGCAGUCUCCAGAGUCCAGCUUCGGAGGCCGGCAGCAGGGGCCCCGGCAGCAGCUGUCCGUGAAGGACAGCACCCCCCCUGGCCUACCGCAUCAGCAGAGCUCCACCAGAGAGAGCCAGGGGUCCCAGGGAUCACAGGGUGGAACUCCGCAGUCCACGCAGCAAUCCAAAUCACAUCAGGAACGACAGCAGGUUCAGCAACAGCAUCUUCUCAAGCCCACCAUGAGCAAACAGGGUUCUUCCCAAUCUCCAUCCACUCUCAACCCCCUGACCCCUGCCUCCGAGCGGACGGUCGCCUGGGUGUCCAACAUGCCCCAUCUUUCUGCUGACAUCGAGAGUUCUCGUAUCGACAGAGAAGAGUUCAAGCUGAAGGAGUAUUCCAAGAGCAUGGAUGAGUCCCGUCUGGACAGGGUGCGGGAGUACGAGGAGGAGAUCAACUCCCUGAAGGAGCGUUUGAUGAUGUCACAUCGUAAACUAGAGGAUUACGAGAAGAGGCUGUUAUCUCAGGAACAGCAGACCAAUAAGAUGCUCCUGCAGUAUCAGAGCCGGCUGGACCAUAGUGAAAGACGCUUGAGACAACAGCAGAUGGAGAAAGACAACCAGAUUAAAGGAAUUAUUGACAGGCUCAUGGCUGUGGAGGAUGAGUUGAGGGGAGGGGUAGUACCUGAGCUCAAACCCAGGAUGUUCGCAGACCAGGAAAAGCAGCUUUCCUCCUUGGGUUCAGCAGACCCCCGUGUGAGUUUCGGAAGAGAAAUGACCAGCGCCUUUGGAGCCUCGCCUUCGGAAAAUUUCUCCGCCCAGUCCCCCGAGAACGGAUUCUUGUAUGUCCCGUUAGCGCCCCCUCCUCGUUAUCUCUGUGGCAACCAAAAAUCAUCCUCAGUGAUGGCCGCUGUGCCAACUGGGAUGCUGAAACUACAUCAAAGGAAAGGGGCAAGAUCGGAGGGGGAGCAGGUCAAUAACAACACUGACCAAAUCAGAUGGAAAAAGUCAAAUCUAUCGUUCCCCUCUACGUUUCAGCUGUAAAGAUAAAGCCUCAGACAUUUUUGUUUGUUUUUUAGACUAUGGACAAUGGGAGGCAGGACGCAUCAUUGCUUGCACCAUCCAAAUCGAAAGGGCUCUCCAUUGGAUCUGAUAUUAUUUUAAUAUUAUGUUUUCUUUGGAUUAAACAUCAAAAGCCCCGUCACACACCACAGGUCAUCCAAACCAUUGGAAUCUUUAUUGAAAUAAUGGGAAUGGCGGGCGAAAAACGAUACAAUAUGUGUACAAAGACUUAAAUUGGACCUGCGAAAAUGCCAGCUUUGUCGUUGGAGACUUUGUUAUGUCGCCUGGCUUCUCUAGUGCCUUUCUGUAUCUUCUGACAGGGUUUUCAAAUGAACAUGAGAAAAAAAAGACGACAGGAGUGGUUGCGUUGAUGCAGGUUGAUGUUUUCAUCUGCCUCACUGUAAUGCUAUGGAGGAACCCUGGAGGAAGCGGAUGUGUUGUUGUGGACAUUUUGACAGGUGUGCAAAGUGCUCGUGGUCUUCGAAUUUCCACACUAGACUGAACUUGUGCAAUGUUUUCUCUUCUCAAACUCAGAACCUAUGUGUAUUUAACUGGUGCUAUGAAAUCUCAAAGCAUUGCUGUUCGUCACAUAACCACCUUUCAACUGUCAUCGUCCUAACUGUCCAUAUUUGUCUUUGUCUUCCCUUUUCAUUUCCCUGCAGGCCGUUUUCCAAUCCGGUGGGUGUGGGAUUUCGUUAAAAGCGUGAGGUGAUCUCUGUCAGGGGAAACACUUUUGUCUUUUUACCAAAUCGACAUGCUAGGCCAGAACGCAGAUGUGGUUGUGAGUUUAAUUUGAUGUGAUUUCCUCGAUUAAGGGUCCAGGCCGGAUGCAAAGAAAGCUGAUAUUUAAAGCAAAUAAGCAGCACCUUGUGUGUGCUUUCGUGUUUUUAUUUUUGUCUCAGACAACAGUUUAAAGUCAACAUGAAAUGUAUUUGAUUUUCUUAACGUGACGUGUUUUCAAGUGAAACCGGUAUAUUCAAUGAAAACAAUACAAUUGAUUUCAUCUGCAAGUAACUGAUGGGAAGUUGCAAUCCGUAAUUUCUGCCUCCGUGUCAAAAUCUCAGAUUAAAACUUGAUGGUUACUUUAUGUUUGCAUCUUUAUGUAGGUUAAGGUCAAAUAAUCUCAAACUGACGUUUCUGCAAAACACCUGUUAUCUAAAAAAUUAUGAAUAUUAUUUUCUUACUAUUGUGAAUUGAAUAAGGAAUUGACAAAGUUUUCCACAAUAAUAUUUUACGUACUUGCUCAGUAAUUUAUAUUUGUUUGUUUUUACCCAAAAACGUUACAGAUUGCAGCCAUACCAGUAAACCAAUUUGUAUUCUGAUGAUUGGAGGGGAGGCUGUGAAAUAAACAUCAACUGGAUAUUUUUUAGAAGAACAAAAUUUUAACAAAAUAUCUUUUUUUAAAGGAUUUUUUUUUAUUUCAUGUUGACUUUAAAGUAUCUCAAGUAGCUCGAGUAGUAUUUUUAAAGUAGCGUGUUUUGGCAUUAAAUGAUCAUUUAGGAAACAUUAUGGUGCGUAAAAGAAUCCGAUCAUAUGUACUGUACAGAAGUAACGCUAGCUAUAAUUCCUCAUCACUGCCAUCUAAUACCGAUUGUAUUUCUCAUUCUUCACUACAGUUUUUGUUACAGUUUUUAUAUUUUUGUUGCCAUGAAGGCAUUCUCACAGCUAAGCUGAUCAUUCAUUUGUAAACGAAUUCAUCGCUUUGGUUACGCUGAUGAAAACAUUGUAAACUAAAUUCUAAAUGUAACAAAGCUACACGACACACCAAGCCUAGACAAAAGCGCUAGUCAAUAUGUAAAAUAGUAACUGCACAAUACAAAUACGGAGCUGUACUGUAAUAUGUUUGCGAAGGCGCGAGAGGAGAAUGGACUGAUUGCCAUUUUAGCUUUUAAGAGCUUCGAGGGCUAUACUUACGUCACUUCUGCUCCAUUUAGUAAUAAAUUUGUUUGUGUCCCAAAAAGCGGUUGAAAAAAAUGGGAUGGCAGGGUUAUCGGCUGAAAAUGUGCCAUGAAAUGAAUAUACCUCAUACGAAGAAUCGAACGACUCAGGUAAACUCUCAAUUGCCUCACAGUUUAAUGCAAACUGGAACGAAUAAAAUAACAUUUUACGUUCGACUGCCUGUUGGUAGUUAGUCCAUCUCUUCUCCGAGUUCAAUAACAGUGAUUGGUUAGUAGCUCAUCAAGCUCCACUUUCUUUGUAUGCCCUUCAUCUCCAGCCAAUCACAAAGCUUCGUGGAGGACAAUCUGGAACCUAAUUGGAGGCCUCACCUAGGACACUCGUCUGGUUGGUCAGGUUUUAAUUCGAGGGCGCUGUCGCGUGACUCGGUUGGUUGACGGAGGGCGAA